AUGUCAAAGGAAUUUUCAACAAAAAGGGCGGAAAAUAAGGAAUCCGUUGAGGAAUCCUUAAAGAAGAAUACCAUAGGUUUGGUUCACCUCGAUGACUUCAAACUCAAACGUAAGCAAAUUGAAGAGCAGGCUGCGAGAGACGCUGCUGGUACUUCCUCACAUGCUGCACGCCCCAAAAAGAAAUCUAAAACUAAAAAAUCCUCAUCCAAGUUGUCCUUCGCCGAUGGUGAUGUUGAGGAUGGUGAUGAUAUUCAUCAUGGCGAUGAUAUACGCCAUGGCAAUCUAAAUAUCAAGAAAUUGUCUAAAAAUCCUCAGGUAGACACUUCCUUCUUACCUGAUAGGGAUAGAGACAUCAGUGAGACUUCUCAGCGUGAAAUUCUUCGUAUUGAGUUCCUUGAAAAGCAGGAACAGAUUAAAUCUGAGGAGUUGACAAUUCAUUUCGCUUUCUUUGAUGGUACUAGUCAUCCUUCAUCCCUUACUUGCAACAAAGGCGACACUUUCACUCGAUUUUUAGACAAAUCUAGACAGAAUUUCACUCAACUAAGGUCAAAUCAUGUGGAUAACCUUAUGCUUAUAAAGAACGACCUCAUUUUACCCCCGCAUUACUCUUUCUACGACUUUCAAGUAAAUCAAACACGUUCAAAACAAGGCGAGCUGUUUAAUUUUACAGACGCUGACUCACCCGCUAAGGUUGUACAACGCACCUGGUAUCACAACAACAAACACAUAUUCCCCGCAUCAAAAUGGGAGCAAUUUGAAAAACCAUCUUCAUAG